AUUUCGCAAUCAACUGUCAAUAUUCAAGACAAUUUUGAGCUUUGAAUGAUAGAUUAUAUUUUAAUCUAAUGAUAUAGUAUCAGAAAGCUCUUACCAGAUCUCCCAACUUGCUACAAUUUGGUUUCAUUUGCCAAGAUGCAGUUGUUUGUGAAGUCGCAGCAGACCCAUGCCUUCGAACUUGUUGGCACGGAGACUGUGUUCGAUAUCAAGUCCAGACUUGAGGCCAUUGAAUGCAUUCCAUCGGAGGAACAGGUCGUCUUCUUUGGUGGCAAGCCCCUCUCUGAUGAUGCAAUCCUUGGAGAUCACGUCAAUGACCUUGCUACUCUCAAUGUAGAGGUCCGAAUCCUGGGAGGUAAAGUCCACGGCUCCCUCGCUCGUGCUGGUAAGGUGAAGGGACAAACACCAAAGGUUGACAAACAGGAGAUGAAGAAGAAGAAAACUGGCCGUGCCAAGAGGAGGAUGCAAUACAAUCGUCGAUUCGUCAACGUUGUGCAGACCUUCGGCAGGAGGAAGGGACCCAACUCCAACUCGUAAUUGAUUUUGUAAUUACAACUGUAUAUUAUUGUCCAUAAAUAAAUAAUGGAUAAAUAAAUA